AUGUUUCUUCAAGAGCAACAUCUGAUUAAUGCAACAUCUAGACCAGGGUUUCUGCUCCUGGAAUUAUCAAAUAUUUGGGACCGGCAGAUUAUGUGCUUCAUUGGAUUCCUGGUGUUUUACCUGGCAGCAGUUGCAGGAAAUCUUAUCAUCAUCUCUGCAAUUGCCUCUGACCACCACCUGCACACCCCCAUGUACUUCUUUCUGAUGAACCUGGCCAUACAGGAUAUGGGUCAAGUAUCCGUCAUCUUCCCCAAAGCCAUGGCCAAUUCCCUCAGGGGCAGCAGACACAUUUCUUUCUCUGGGUGUGUGGCUCAAGUUCUCUUUUUUAUCUUCUUUAUAGCUUCUGAUUUCUUUCUUCUCACAGUCAUGGCAUAUGACCGGUAUGUUGCCAUUUGCAAUCCAUUGCAUUAUGAGAUGUUGAUGAAUAAGCAGUCCUGCAUCCAAAUGGUUUCUGCUGUAUGGGUCAUCAGUUUCUUUUAUGGGAUACUACACACUGGAGGUACCUUUGCAACCCCCUUUUGCUCCAAUGUCAUUGAUCAGUUUUUCUGUGAAAUUCCAGCCUUGCUGAAGCUUGCCUGCUCUGACUUGUAUCUAAUUGAAAUAGGGGUGCUUUUCCUAAGUUCUAUAUUUUCAUCAGGCUGCUUUAUUUUCAUUGUAGUGACUUACGUGCGCAUCUUCACUGCAGUGCUGAGGAUCCCCUCUGUGCAGGGAAGGCAGAAAGCCUUCUCAACUUGCUUCCCACAUCUCAUUGUUUUCUCUUUCUUUACAUUCACUGUAUAUUUUGCUUAUCUGAAGCCCACCCCUAAUUCUGCUUCACAUUCGGAUUUGGCAUUUACUUUGAUAUAUUCCAUGCUCCCACCUAUGAUGAAUCCUGUUAUCUACAGUAUGAGAAACAAGGUGAUAAAACAAGCUCUGUCAAAGAUAUUGGGUUUGAGGUCCUUCUCAAAGAAUAACAUCUCAUUUCUCAUUGUGCAAAGGAGGAUUUUAUGUAGUAUAACAACUAAAACUUAA